AUGGCGGCUCCAAAGAUCAUUCUCUAUACCAACCACCGAUGCCCUUGGGCAUACCGGGCGCACAUCGCGCUCAAGGAACUUGGACUGGAGUUCGAGGAGGUCAUUAUCGACCUGACCAAGCCCCGCGAGCCCUGGUAUCUCGAGGUGAACCCGCGCGGCCUCGUUCCUUCUCUCUCCUAUAAUGGCACCAUCAUUGUCGAAUCUGCGAUCGUGUCGCAGUUCUUGGCCGACGCCCAUCCGUCGCACCUCGUAGCCCCCUCCAACAGCGUCGAAGGCGCCCUGCAACGUGCCCGCAUCGCCUUCUUCGUGGACACCUUCUUCAACAAAGUACAGCCCCAUUUCAACGCUAGCACCCGCGCCGCCAACACGGAGGAGCGAGAGGCGGCCAGCGAGGCGCUCGUAGCCGCCGUGGAGAAGGACCUGGAGCCGCUAUUUGCCGAAUGGACGGGCAGCGGUCCCUUCUUUGGCGGCAGCGACCGGUUGACGUUGGCGGAGGUGCUGACGGGCUCGUUCCUACUGCGAUACCUGUCCUUCUCGGACUCGGAGAUCGGACUGCUGAGCGCAAAGCUGCCGGAGCAGCUGGAUCGGACGCCCAAAUUCAAGCAAUGGGCUCGGGCCACGGUGCAGCAGGGGAGCGUCAACUACAUUUACGACGCCAAAGUGACGGCGGACGCGUUGAAGGCCAAGCUGGGACUCACCACAAAAUAG